AUGGCUGGAACCUCCAUUCAUCUAUCCACCGCUGCUUACAUUCCUUCAUCAGCCAUACCAGAUUUCAAAACUCCCAAAUCCCGCAUUCAAGAUCGCUCCAAUACAACCAGCUGCAUCGGUAUCAGUACUACAAGUAAAUAUACCAAACACUCUCUAACCUACAUCUCCUCCUCCAAAGAAUCACAGCACAACAACGAUGCCGUCCUGGCCGACUCCCUCGCCUCAGCACUCCAGCAAUGCGCGGCUGCUCUCUCCUUGCGAGAGGGAACUCAAAUCCACGCCCGCAUUCUCUACCUCGGCCUCGCUUCCGACGUCUAUCUCUGCAGCCAGCUUCUCUACUUCUACUGCUGCUGCCGUUGCCCCGAUGCUGCCCGUUCCAUCUUCGACGCCGUCUCUCAAUCCCACCACAACCUUUUCUUCUACAAUGUCAUGCUCCGAGCCUACGUCGACACCGCCCGUCACGAGGACGCUCUCCUCCUCUUCUCGCAGAUGCUUGCCUCUGGCUUCUAUCCCAACCGUUUCAGCUUCCCUUUCGUACUCAAGGCCUGCUCUGUCCUUGGAUGCCUCCGCGAUGCCCGUGCGAUCCACGGCAUGCUGGUUGUUGCCGGGCUCCAGCACGAUGUCUUUGCUGCCAGCGCGCUCCUGGAUGUGUACUUCAAAUGUGGCUGCUUGGAAGAUGCGUGCAAAGUGUUCGACAGAAUUCCUCACCGGAGUGUUGUGACUUGGAAUUCUUUGAUUUCUGCACUGGCACGGAAUGGGCUUUGGCAGCAUGCUUUGGAUGUAAUGGAUUUUGUAGGGGAUCAGAUUGGCGUGUGUAGCUGGAAUUCGCUCAUUGCUGGCUGUGUUUGUCACGGCGAUGGGGAGUUGGCAUUGGAGAUGCUUGGGUUGAUGUUGGUGUCGCCUUCUUCGGUCAAGCCCAAUUCGGCCACAUUCAACACUCUCCUCCCUGUGAUCCCCACGCUCACACCCUUGGCUCUGUUGAAAGAGUUCCAUGCAUUCACAACUCGGCAGCAUGGGUUAAUGGGCGCAGAUGACUGUAUUGGCCAAGAGAGGUUGCUCUCUGCAGUCACAGCUGGCUAUGCCUACAAUGGCUCUAUGGUGUCUGCGUUGAAAUCAUUCGAGCUAAUUGGCUCAAAAUCCCCCCAAUUGUGGAAUUCAAUCAUCGCAGGAUUUGUCAACUGUGGGCAGCCGCAGGAAGCAUUCAACGUUUUCCACCUGAUGGCAAUGCAACAAGGUUGCCAGUUGGAAGCUAUCCCCAAGGUUUCUCUAACUCUUCUCCUUUCUGAAUGCAGUCCAUCGUCAUCAAGUGGUUUGGAAAUCCAUGCUCAUGUUUGCAGAACUGGCUUGGACUCUGAUACAUCGGUGAACAAUGCGCUCAUAGCCAUGUAUGCUAGGAGAGGCAACAUAGAGCUGUCUGAGCGGGUUUUCACAAGAAUGGCUGACAAGGAUGUAGUUUCUUGGAAUACCAUGUUUUCAAGCUAUGCCCUCAACCAUGAUUUCGAUCAGGCUUUCAAAAUAUUCCACCAGAUGCACAGGGGGGAUGUUAAACCCGAUGAAUUCACGCUUGCAUCCAUCCUCAGUGGGUGUGGGCAUUCAGCAGCCCUCCGACAAGGGAUGGGGAUACAUGGCUGCAUGGUAAGGAGUGGAUUCUCCAUCAAUUACUGUGUCGUCCAAAAUGCCCUCAUGGAUAUGUACGGGAAAUGCGGGUGCGUAGAAGAAGCGGAGAAGGUGUUUGAUGAAAUGGAACUAAAAGAUAUCAUUUCAUGGAACACCAUGAUCUCCUGCUACGGUAUAAAUGCUCGACCCUGUGAAGCCUUCCUUCUCUUUGAAGAGAUGCAAGAGCGUGGAUGGCAGCCAACACGUGUCACAUUCAUUGCCCUGUUAUCGGCCUGCAGCCAUGCAGGCCUAGUUGACGAGGGCCUACGUUGUUUUGAAACCAUGUCUAGCAAGCAUGGGAUAUCUCCUGACAUUGAGCACUAUGCCUGCAUUGUCGAUAGUCUAGGUAGAGCUGGACACCUCGAUGUUGCGUACCGACUGAUCAAAAGCAUGCCCAUGGAACCUGACGACUGCAUUUGGGGCGCUCUGCUCAGCAGUUGUAGGAUCCACAGAAAUGUUGUCUUGGCCGAAGUCGCAGCUAGGCAUCUGAUUGAAUUGGAACCCCAUCAUUCUGGGUACCGUGUCCUGCUCUCGAAUGUGUAUGCAGAUGCAAAGAGAUGGGAUGAUGUCGCACAGGUCCGAGCAGGCAUGAAAGACGAUGGUGUGAAGAAGUGCCCUGGCUGUAGUUGGAUUGAUGUUGGUGGUGAGCUUCAUACAUUCUAUACAGAAGACAAGUCCCACAAACAAUGGACUGCCAUAGACCUCACCCUGGAUGGGUUAACAGAGCAAUUGAAAGCAGAAGGUUAUAUCCCUACAAUCGAGUCUAAAUUCAUUUCCCUUGAUCAAGUAAAGAUGCCAAGGUUCAUGUGA